AUGUCAUUGCAAUCUCCUUCUCCCUGCGUUUUACCUCCUUCAAAGGUCGCUAUCCCGAGAUUGCCGAUCCACAACGAGGCGGCUGCUAGGCCACGCGCUAAGAAGGCAUGUAAGGAGUGCAGAGACCAAAAGACUAAGUGCGAUGGAUACCAACCAUGCUGUCGAUGCGUGGGACUCGGAAUAGAUUGCGUCUAUGUGGAUGGGAAGAAGGACACUCAGGAAAGGAGACUUCAAGACCUCGAAAGUCAGGUUCAGGCGUACGAGAAAUUGCUUCGCCGACUGCAGUUUAGAGCGGCGCCGGAGGACGAAGAACUUAUUGCUAGGACGUUGGCCCAAUACAGACUUUUGGCCGAACCGAACGAGGCCGCGACAGAGUACGACCCCUCCCAAGCUGCGACAGAAGAUUCCUGUUUUGGGAUAGAGUGUGUACAAGAAGACUUUCACGGUAACAAAGGUUUGCAACCCAUUGGAUUCAUCGGUGGUCCUUCUGAGGUGUCCUGGGUUCGAGAUUUGAACCGGGCAGUGGGGAAGGACACCGCGACUCCGGACGCAAACACUCCGAACCAAGCCCCGAACGACGACUCCCAGGUUCUGAGUAAGGUGAGCUACUUCCUAGACGACCAGGAGCUGACCAUUGAUGGCAACAUUGAUCCUCACAUUCGGCCUCCUCCAGAUAUCGCAGAGAGACUGCUCCAUCUAUAUUUCCACACUGUGCAUCCGUCUUUCCCCAUCGUUAGCAGAAUAUCCUUCACGCAGCAGUUGGAGAGCUAUUACGCCAAUCCUAAUCUGCGGCCGACAAAGAGGUGGCUGGCAAUUCUGAAUUUGGUUCUCGCCGCGGCUGCCAAGUUCGCGCAUUUGGUACCUCAGCCCUGGGUGCAGUCCAUGGACAGCCCUAUGGUGUACUUCGCCCGGGCCCAGCGGCUUAGCAUUACAGGUAGUCAAUUGACUGACCAUCCCAAUCUCCAGCAGGUCCAGAUUGAAGGUCUCACUGCAUUUUUAUGCAUGGCCUUUGGCCAUAUCAAUAGGUCAUGGAGGGCAUGUGGUAUCGCAAUAAGGUCUUCCAUCGCUAUGGGAAUCAACCUUCGAAGUGAGAGUAAGGAUACAUCUAAUAUUUCUAAAGAGAUCCGAUACCGUGUUUGGUGGUCACUCUACACACUAGAAAACACACUUUCAAUCAUGACCGGCCGGCCUACAGGAACUGCAGAUAGGUUCUGUACGACGCCCCUACCGAUUCCUUUCGAAGAGGAGCAGUUUUAUGUACAAUUUGUAACCCGGCUCUUAGCUGACUUUAAUUUUCGUGCCGAGUAUAUGCGAGCCUUUACGGCCACAAAGCACACACCCCCAAGCCCACCCGAUUCGGCUGCAGAAAAGGCUAGCGGUCAGAGUUCGGCUUCAUACCUGGCAGAUAUUGCUCCCAGCACUUCCUUGUACUUCGUCUACUUUGUUGAGCUUACAGCAAUCAUGCGUCGAGCGAUUGAUUCAUUGUACAGCCCGGGGUUUGCUAGACGACCUUGGCUUACGGUUAAUGCAGCAAUGUUAGACCUGGUGGAUGACACAGACAAGUGGCUCUCUGGGCUCCCCGAGGUAUUUCACUUCAUGCAUCACCAGGACGCGCAUCAAUUUGAGAGACAGAGAUGGAGCCUUGCCUUUCGAUUUUAUAGUGUACGAAUUACGAUUUGUCGACCUUCUCUUUGCCGGUCAGGGAGACAGGAACGAGGCUCCGAGCCUUCCACGAAGCUCCGAAAGACAGCAGAGCUAUGUAUCGACUCUGCAUGCCAAAUUCUCGACCUUUUACCUGAUGAGCCUGACAUCAUCUGGCUGAACCAAGUGUCCCCCUGGUGGUGUGUUCUGCACUACCUCAUGCAAUCAGUGACCGUGCUGCUGAUAGAGUUGGAAUAUCGCGGUCGAGCCAGCGCCGAUAAUACCGUGAAGAUCAACUCACUUAUUGAAAAAGCACUUGACUGGAUUUCCGCUUUGGCGACCGAUAGUGUCGCUGCGCAACGUGCUCUAAAAGUCUGCAAAGGCCUUUAUCGCCGGCUUUUUCUGCGCUCUACUGUCGAACAGAACAGACAGCCUGAUCUUACUACGGCCGUGACCCCUGCUGGUGGGCUGGAAAGCUCAUACUUCCAACCUAUACAUCGUCCACAUAGUCAAGUCUCCUCUAUAACGCAUAGUACGGGCAUGUCAGCAUUUAUGGACUCGGCAUUGCCGCAUAACACGAUUUUCCAUCCGACGCUCCAGACCGCGUACGAUGAAUUUAUGCCGUGUAACUUUGAUAGUGCAUAAACCUUCCGGCUUAUUUCUUUAGGGGUAUAUCUACUGAGCUACAUUUAAGCUGUUUUUGGCGUAUCCACUCUACAUGCGGAGUGACUGGUAUGAUAUAUAGAUAAUAAAUAACCAUUGCU